AUGAACAUAGUCUAUGCAAAUGGGAGGAGUGGGAGUCACGCGCUACGCCCCAACGGCCUGUCACUCCAGCAAGGUCGUGUGACCCAGUACGAAAUCGAGCUUAGUAGGCAACGGGUGGCUGUGUCAAGUUUGGGUUGCAGAAGCAGCCCACGUCUUGCGGCCAAGCGGGUCUCGUUUGGAGAGGUCUCUCCGUCUCUGAAGCGGAGGAGAGAGGAUACUGAACCACAGCCGGGUGGUGUUGUGGAUCUGGAGGAUGCAUCAGCAGAAGAUGCAGAAAACAGGAGCCGCAAGGGAAAAGUGAAGAUUGAGCCAGGAACAGAAGGGGCCAAUGUAGAGGAGAAAAAGGGUCCUACUCCUCCUGCCAAGCUUCUCGAGUUCUGGGAGAAGCUUAUCAAAGAAUAUCCUCACAAAGAGUAUGGCGAGUACAAGCUGAUCUGUGAUGAGAAUGGAACCUGGAUGGUUUUCUGCGAGCUAUGUAAGGACAAGAAGCCGAAGGGAUACGAUACUGGUCACAGGUAUUCUUUGUCCAACUUCAAGAAGCAGCACUUUGUCAGCAAACUCCAUCAGAGCAAGCUGGAUGACUGGAAGGAGGGAACCAGCAAGGCUGAGAGGAAGCUGGAAGAGUUGAAGGCCAGGAGGGAGGCCUUGGUAACGGUGUACAAUGAUCGGGGUGCUCGAAUGGUUGACAGCGACACCUGGCGCUGCGAAGUGUGCAACUUCAGGGGCACUUUUGUCGACAGCCGCGACACCAUCAAGGCGCACAUCAAUGGCAGGGACCAUGCCAGGAUGGUCGCCAAGCGGGAGGCCGCUGGCCCAAGUUCCACGCAACCCACAUUGGCAGCUUCAUUCGCCAAUGGUGUCGCUCGCGGGCUGGCCAAGUAUCCCAACAACUAUGUCCCUAGUGUUGCUGAUGUAGCAGACUCUGAGAAGAUGCGCCUGUUCUUAGAGAAGAAGAGAUGCAUUGGCUGGUUCGAAGAAACUGUUUGCAUUGAAGGUGUUGAGCAUGCAGUGGAACCUUUGCUUCACGAUCUUGAUGAUGGCAAGUUGUGGUAUGCUGAUCCCUACUUCAACCGCUCGUCGUCCAUGGCAGAAUACAAAUCUCAUAAAGGAACCUUCCGCCACAAGGAAUGCCAAGGGUUCGACUGUGCUAACUGUCGCACCAUUCCUUCCUUGCCAGACUUCAAGAGCCGGCUGACACGGGAGACAACGGCGGAGACGAAGAGGGGCGCACGGAUCUGCAAGAAGGGAGUUCGCCUAGAGUAUCUGCAGAAGCAGGAGCUGAUAGACUCGCUGAAAGUGUGGCAGAAGCGGUGCAAGACAUUGGAACUUGACCGAUACUGGUUGAACGUUCAUGUGUUGAAUCUUUCUAAGAGCAAGGAAGAUCUUUCGGCGCGCUUGAAGCGAGCCCUUGCCUCUGGUUCGCUGCCUGAGAUUGCUGAGUUCUUUCGACGUGCUUCCGAGUCUGGGGCCUUUGAAGGUCGAAGCACAUUGUUGAACUUUCUUCUUGAUCUUGGCAAGAACCUGCUCACUGUGCACGAGCAUGAUGGCAAGGGUACUGGUAAGCGGCACAGUCGCAGCAGCAAGCUCAUGUAUGAAUGCCUGCAGCAAUUUGGUGGUCCACUCGUGGCAAACUUCCUGAAUGUGAACCUGUUGGGCCCUGCAAUCAACACAUGCAAAUCCUUGUACAGGAAAGACGCGCUGCUGUACGUUGGCUUGCUGCAGGAGUCGACUUUUGAGCACUUGGCAGGGUUGCUCAAGCAACUCAUGGCCAAGAAGGGCAUCAUUGGUAAGGUACCUCUCGAGGUGAGUGAAGACGAAACCGCGUGCAUUGCUUCAGCAACUUGGAAUUGCCGCACCGACUGCAUUGAUGGGUUUUGCGGACCCAAAGCUGUUGAUGGCUCUCCGCAUGUCUGCACCUUCGAUUGCAAUCCGAGUGCGGCGAGCUAUGAGAGCAUCGUUGGCGCUUUCGACACAUAUGCUACGGGCACAAUGUGCUUCGUGGUCGCGCUUAACGUCCUGUGCGCAGAUCUGCCGACUUUAGUGCUGGCGAUACUGCCAACGUGCAACACGUUCACCCAUGUGAGCAUUCAGCAGCGUUGGGAUCAGGUGAGGUCUUUCCUGGUCACCCACUUUGCUGAGAUAGGAGUGUUGGUGUCGCACGCCUCUGAUGGUGAUCGACGGAGAGUCAAAUGCAUGCUGCAGAGUAUUGCUCGAGGUACUUAUGGUUUGGAGUGCCCGGGGUUUAUCAUGAAGGCAGAGGUUGUGAACGGGUAUCCUGUCAUGAUGGAUCAGGAUCCUUUCCACAUUGGGAAGAAGCUCAGAAACCCUCUCCUUGUCGCUUCCAGAAACGUUUAUUGGGGCACACAUCUUGCCACAAUAAACCAUCUUAGGCUUGUGAUGUCCGUGUUUCCGAAGUCUGAGCACGGUUUGCUUGAAGAAGAUGUGGAUGUCCGCGAUAAGCAGAGCGUUGCUGCUGUGCAGCGCGCUGCUUCGUUGCGAGUGUUGAGCUGCCUCGAGAAGUUGCAAGCAGGAUUCACCCUUCCUGAUGGAAGGCGCGUCCAAGAAGAUGUUACAGGAACCAUGCUGCAUCUUGAAGUCAUCCACUCCUUCUUGCAGGUGUUCUAUGGAGUCGACUCCCUGUACCAGCGGGUGGUGCUGGCGUCUUUCGUGGCCAACAUCGUCUACAUGGGUUCCGAGUUCAUUCGCCACCGCGGCUUUGGCCACACUCUCAAGAAGAACUGGUUGACUCGAGAAGGGCAGACCGACCUGCUGAUCAGCUGCCAUUUUGCUGUCAAUCUGAUCCGUGUCAUGCGUGAUCGCUUCUCGCAUUUGGAUGUGUGUUUGGAGAAGGCGAGCAGUGAUUGUGUUGAGAGCAUCUUUUCUCUCAUGGGUCAGUGGGUCCGGAACAAGCACAAUUUCACCUUUGGGGAGGCACUAGAAAGGAUCAGUCACGUGGCCCGUUUGGAGCAGAUCAAAGUGGAUGAGGACAGUCCGUUGUUUGUCACGUCGAGAAGGCGAAAGCUUUUUUGGCUGGAAGUUAACGGGACUCUGAGCAUGCGUGCUAACAUGAAGGACUACGAAUCAGUUCCGGAUGAGAAGCUUGUGGAAGCUUGGGCUGCAGGGCUGGCAAUGGCGCGCGACCGAGCACUAACUGCCGGAAUGGUUCCUGUCCUGCAGGCCGCACGGAAGUGGACCGACCCCUGGCCAGCGUCGCUCUCCGAAUCGGAGUCCCUGGCGGACGAGCUGAUCACGGACGAAGAGCUCGACCCGGAGGCUGCCAACACCGUCGCAUCGUCAAGCGGGCGCGGUGCCACGUCAGCAGCGGCGCAGCCUGCCGUACCGGAGCGCGGGCGCGGUGCCACGUCAGCAGCGGCGCAGCCUGCCGUACCGGAGCGCGGGGGCGGUGCCACGUCAGCAGCGGUGCAGCCUGCCGUAUCGGAGCGCGGGGGCGGUGCCACGUCAGCAGCGGCGCAGCCUGCCAUACCGGAGCGCGGGCGCGGUGCCACGUCAGCAGCGGUGCAGAUAAGUCUUCAGCCCUCUCUCGCAACGCCUCUGCCCAUCGAUGCUGGAAUGAGCUCUUGCACUGAGCUUGAUCUUGCAAGUGAAGAGGCUGUGGUAAUCCGUUCGUCGAUCUUGGAUGCUUUUCAAGAAAUUGGGGAUGCAAGCACGGAUGGCACCGAUUCCUCAGUCCGGGAAAAGACGAGUACAACGGUCGAAGUCCCCGGAAAGGGCUUGGUGUACAAGGCACGUCUGAUUAGUGAACUGAACGCGGCUCCUGAGCACUUGUCACUAGAUCGUUUGAGACGAGUACAGGCUAGCACGCAGCGUGCAGGCUCCUCGGUUGAGGCCGUUACUGAUUCCGACGCAGAGGGCAAAGAAGUCGGUCUGUUCGAUGAUGUGGCUAUUGAGCUGCUUUCCAGUGACGACAAGACUGCUUGGUUUCUUGCUCGAGUACAGAAAAUGUUCAAGGUCACGUCUGGUGGGGCACGCAUUGACUAUCAUCGGCCUGUAUCAAUUGCAGAAGCAACACGAGAGGCUGGAGUGGAAGUCAUCCUGAAAUACUACAAGGCUGUGGACGCAACCCGCCUCGCCUAUCAGUACGGGGGCUAUGAAGACGAGGGGGAGGCGGAUCCGAUGCCUCUAACUGCCAUUUUAUGCACAAUAAAGUUGAGCCCGCUCACGGACCAAGGGCACUACGAGUUGGAGCCGGGGGAUCUGGCAGUGUUAGAUGCUUUUGUGAGGCAAGAUGUCGACCAGACACGGCCAGACAUGCCGCAAUCAGUAAGACAAAUUUGGAGGGAGCAGAACUCGGUUGCAGUGGCAGGAGAGAAUAACGGGGUCGAGACAACGCAACAUGUCACGAGGGGUGGACGCAGAGCCACUCGGGUGGUUUUACGGUAG